AUUAAAUGUUCAUAGCCCGAAAGCAUGCUUAUGUCACACGGCAAGCAGUAACUCCGAAUGCAACCAGCACUGCGUGCAGUUUUUCCUGCAAGCUUUCUGCACAGCAAUGUAGCAUUGCAAUGAUACAUGAGGCAGCCAUGUACUAUACUCAAGCAGUAAUUCCUUGAAACUGAAUGCCUAGAUGAAAAGCUUCCGCUGGGUGGUUAGAGGAGUACACAUUUGCUGGGAUUUCCACUCGUGGGCUUCACCCUUCAAGUUUUUAGCGUUUAAAAUGGUUGUGGUAACGUUAGCACAUGCUUACUGGAGGUGGAGGCGCCUGGAGGAUGAGAGCGGUGGGCCCAACGGAGGUUUUAACGCAGAAUACUAAGGGGAGAGUAAUAUUAUUUUACCUGCUAACUAUCAGCUAUAAUAUUAAUGUGCAAGUGAACGCAGAAGCGUGCCCUGGGCCAAAAGAGGUUUACAACCUCCGAAGCCACUCACUCACUACUUUGUAGAAAGUCUCUGUCUCACUCGCACGCAGCUCUUCUUCAAAAUUGUUAAACUGCAAGACGCCAGGCUGAGGCCAGCAGCUCCUUUACAGUGUUGAACAGUUGCAACCACCUUUGGGCUGCCCGCGCCCUCUUUCAGCGCGACCGCUUGCGUUACCAACCUCUUGGCGUUGGCAACGCAUCAGCCCAGAAAUUACUCGCCAUCUGAGCGAGGGCUCGUUCGUUUGUGCUCGCGCACCAGGGAACGUGUUAAAAUGUUGGUAUCGGGGCGGGCGCCACUGGCGCCGCAGUGCUGGAAGUCCUCGCGGCCAGCUCCGCUGCGUAGCAGGUCAUCUGCCGUGCGAGUCUCUUGCUACGCCUACGCUGCGGGCCAGCCCCCGUCGAGGAGCUACUACGAUGUCCUGGGCGUCAAGGCCGAGGCCUCGGCGCGCGACGUGAAGGAGGCCUUUCGAAGGCUGGCGCUGGUCUGGCACCCCGACCACUGCAAGGAUCCCGGCGCCAUGGACAAGUUCAUGGAGCUCAAGACCGCGUACGACACACUUGUGGACAGCAAUGCGCGUGCGCAGUACGACAGGCACAUCAUGUGGCAGCAGGCUGCCUGGCAGACCGCCGGUCGGCCCAUGCCCGGCUACGCCAGCAGCGGCGGCCCCGUGCGGCGCACCUCCAGCGUGCGCGGCCGCAGCUCCAGCGCCGGCGGCCGCAACCAGCAGCAGCAGGCGUACGCCAACCCCGCCACCAACUCCCCGCCACGAAGCGGCAGCGGUGGAUCCGGCGAUGACUACGACAGCGUAUUUGGAACCGCGGCCGCCGCCGCCUCCACCCAGGCCGCCUACGGCGGCUACAGCAGCAUUUUCGAGACGGCGGCGCCGUCAGGCAGUAGCAGCGGCGGCGGCGGCGGCUACAGCGGCGGCGGCGGGCAGACGAUGCGGCGCAGCAGCAGCGUGCGCAGCCGCAGCGGCGGCAAGGCCGCCCGGACCGCGUCAACGCUGCGAUACAACACGGCCGCCGCGGCGCGCACGUCCGCGCCCCGCCAGGCCGCCGCGGCCCCAGGGCAGCAGUGGCACAGCAGCGCCGCCCAUGUGCACGUGCGCAGUGCGGACGACUACAUCCACGCCGCCGCCUCCUCCUGCCUCAACUUCGCCUCGGGCUCCUCCUCGCCAGCCACCGCCGCCAACACGGCAUCCUCAUCGCCCGGAGGCGCCGGCGGCACUACUGCUGCCGGCAGCGCACGGCAGCCGUUCGCGCCGCCGCACGACGAGAGCGCUAUGUCCUGGUCCGCUUCCUCCUCCGUCACCACCUCUUACGGAGGCGACGACUUCAUCCCUCAGGCAGCGCCCGCCGUACCGGCGGCGCCCGCCGCCGCCCAGGCCUCGGCGCCCGCCCCUGCCGCACCGCCGCCGCCAACCCCGCCGCCCCCGCCGGCGCCGGCGGCGGCCGCCACCGCUGCGGGUGUGUCGUACCAUCAGCCCCAGGCCCAGCCUUCAUCACCACGUGUUGCUGCAGCUGCUGCUACUGUUGCGGCGGCGGCGGCAGCUGCACCGUCGCUUGAAUCGAUGGCGGCGGCGGCCUCCACGGUCGCGGCAGCCCAAACCACUGUCGUGGCUUCUGCGGCCGCUGCAGCAGCGGCGGCGGCGGCGCCUCGGAGGCAGAAGCAGUCUACGGCCGUGGCGGCGCCUCCGCGGCCCCGUAGCCAGGGCUUUACGCUCUUCAGCUUCUUCCCCGCUUUCCUGGGCCUGAUCAACAUGCUGCUCAAUGAUGGAUUCGUGGAUGUGUUGCUCGCAAGCGGCCGCACCAUGUAGAUGCCUACCUAUGUCACAUGGUUAGCGCGCUGCUAACAGACCAACAGGAGUACAGAAUCACAGGUUGCAGAGGCAGGGUGCGCAGUGAGGCAAGCAAACACAGCACGUAUGCACCAUAAGCCGUGGUAGCGCAGUAGGCAGUAGUCCAGGCCAGGAAGCAUGAGCGGCGCCUGAGUUAGGGAUAGGGCGGGGUGAGUGCAAAUGCGUUUGCGUAGUGUGCGGCGGCGGCUCCAAACGAGCGACGCCUGGCUUAAGGGAGAGCUUAAAAGAGUGGGUAUUGAUCUGAGCAGGGUUACCACAGGCGUGUACGGAAUCACCACAGGCAUUCUGUGCGGCGUGAUGAGGAGCCACGAGUGAGGGCAGCCGAGCAGGCCAGGCGGUGACUAGCCGAGACACAUUGUAGUUGGGCUUAUUAGGUUUGCAGACAGGUGGGUGCGUUUGGCCAGGGCAUCAGUCACAUACAUGACGCGCGUACAUGUGUGUGGAGCAAAUGAUGGGGCACGCAUACGCGCAUACGCCAACAGGAUGCACCGUUACUCAUCAUGGGGUUCACCAGCAAUUUAUUAACGUUAGGUAGUUGCAGGGUAUUGCAUGUAUAGUCGAUGUGAGCUGAGCGUUGUGUUAGCUGGCCCGCUGCUGGUGCUGUCUAUCCGUGUCUGUCAACCAUAAUCAAGCGAGGUACAUGGCCGCAGGUCUGCUGUCGCAAUGAGACAACUUGUAGAGGACGGUAGAGGACGACGGAGUGAGAAACCGUGUGUAAAUCUUUACUAACGUUUUGUUACGUACACGAUACAUGUGGUCACCGGAUGUCCGCUCGACAAACAAUCACAUCAU